CGCAAGGUUGUGGGAGUGGGUCACUCAGCUGUUUGUCAAUCAAAACAUGGGGAAUCUGUGAUUCUUGGAGAAAAAUGAUUUCGGUUGAUUUCUACUCAGUGAUAUAAAUAUUGUGUAACUAAUUAAUAUAGGUUAGUUAAACGUGAAUCUAAACAAAAAGAAAGAUUUGAUGGGGAACCAACUAGCAGGGACUGUUCCUACACAGAUCCUACCUGUGGAACACUAUCUUCAAGACUUAUCAGAUUUAGAAUAUGAUUCCAGUUUGGGAAGCACUAGAUUUUUCAAAGUUGCUCGGGCAAGACACAAAAGAGCUCUUGUAGUUGUCAAGGUGUUUGUCCUCCAUGAUCCAACGCUACCAUUAGUAGAACACAAGGAGAAACUGGAAUAUCUUAACCGAGAACUAUCACCAAAGUACAACUGCUUACCAUUUGCAAAACCAGUGUUAACAGAUAAAGCUGUUUUUUUAAUUCGGCAAUAUGUGAAAGCAAAUAGCUAUGAUCGCUUGAGUACAAGACCUUUUCUGACAUUGUUAGAAAAGAAAUGGAUAGCAUAUCAGUUGCUAAAAGCUCUUAGCUAUUGCCAUUCCAAAGGGAUCUGUCAUGGAGAUAUUAAAUUAGAAAACAUGUUGGUAACCAGUUGGGUUUGGUUACUGUUGACAGACUUUGCUUCCUACAAGCCUGCUCUUUUGCCGGAAGACAACCCUGCUGACUUUUCAUAUUUUUUUGAUACUUCGAGAAGAAGGACUUGUUAUGUUGCCCCGGAGCGAUUUCAAAUGACUUCAGCUGCCCCGGAUGGUUCUACGGUUCCUAUGAGCCAGUCAAUGAUGGUCGACACAUUCAUUCCUCCUUACCAGUUAACCCCAACGAUGGAUAUUUUUGCUGCUGGAUGUUCGCUGAUUGAGUUAUUUACGGAAGGACAAGCUCCGUUCGACUUUGCGCAGUUACUGGCAUACAGAUCUCAGGAGAUGUCCACGUCUCCAGUCUUGCAAAAGAUGGAGGAUUCUGCAGUUAGAGAUUUAUUGUUGAAUAUGAUCCAACUCGUACCAGAAAAACGUCUUUCAGCCGAUGAGUAUCUACAGUGGCAGAGGGGAAAUGUGUUCCCCGAGUGCUUUUAUGGAUCUAUUUACGAAUACAUGCAAACUUUGACUCAACCGCAAUGGGGACCGGCCGAUACGAAAAUUGACAAGAUACAUCGUGAUUUACCAGAUCUGGUCCGUGAUUUGUCACCAACAGAAAGUGGCUUACUGAUUAUUGCAAAUGUCGUAUUAUCUAGUUUGAGGUCUCUCCAGUAUUCUUCUUCCAAAUUGAAAGCGCUGGUGAUUUUGCAACAGUUAUGUCCGCACCUAACGGACGAAAUAAUCUUAGACAGAAUUUUGCCUUACAUUAUGCACAUGUUGUCGGAUGGAAAUAGUCGUGUCCGCAGCAGUGCUUUGAAAUUACUGGCGGCCAGUCUAUUCCCGGUGCGACGACUUCCUCGGAGUGACGCCAACGUCUUCAGCGAAUACAUCCUCCCAGUCAUCAACAGUUUGGCGCAGGACACCAGCGGGCUCGUUCGCUGCACUUUGGCCCAGCAUGUGGCUGACUUGGCCGAAAUUGCGCUCAAGUUCCUCGAACUAUCGCAUUGGCGAGUCGAAGCGAACGUCACAACUCCUACCAGUGAGAUACCCGGUGGUGCUUUGAACUGGUGUAACACCAACGGGUUCGAAAGUGAACUUCAAGCCUUGCAGGAAUCAUUUCAGACCUUAGUUUCCUCGUUGCUGACCGACUCAAACUCUCAGGUUAGGCGAACUCUGCUAGAAUAUAGUGUGGCCAAACUUUGCGUCUUUUUCGGACGCCAAAGAGCCAGUGACGUGAUCUUCAGUCAUGUCAUCACGUUUUUGAAUGACAAAAAUGAUCGUCACCUUCGAGGGUCAUUCUUCGACUGUUUGGCUGGUGUAGCCUCCUACAUUGGCUGGUGCUCUGCUCCAAUUUGCCAGCCUCUUCUACAGCAAGGGCUAAGUGAUGCCGAAGAAUUCGUAGCCGUCAAAGCUGUAGAAUCUAUGAUUGGACUGACACAGUUGGGGCUCUUGCCCAAGGCCACCUUGCUGGGGUUGCUUCAUGACACAGCCUCCUUCCUCAUACACCCGAAUAGAUGGAUUCGAUAUGCUGUCGUGGGAUUCAUUUGUUGUGCUGCUCGUAAUUUGAACGUAGUAGAUGUCCAGUGUCGCCUGGCGGCCAUUCUCGAUCCUUACUUGCGCUACCACGUCGUCCAGAUGGAUCAAGAAUCUUUGCUUUUGGAAGCACUGCAACCGCCAAUCUCGCGUGGGAUUUGGGACAAUGUGAUCAAAUGCCACGACAUCCAGUUACUCUUGUCUACUUUGGCCGAACGAAUCGAAUCGCGAAAAACAGGCAAAGAUUGGAUCCCCCAUCCAGCCGAAAUUAAUGGUCCGAUAAAAACGUUGUUGCGUCGCCUCGGGUCGGAAGGCUUGAAUCCUACCACCGAGGAGCAACUCCUGCGAAUGAAGGAGAUUGUGUUGAAAUUGCAGCGACAUAAAUCAGUCGUUGAGCAGCACAAGCAAACGUGGAACGAGCAGGCGGUCAUUCAUCUCAGCACUGUGAAAAGCCGUUCGGUCGAUUUGCACAGUACGGAAAUGCUUAUGAAGGCCAUGGUUUACUACGCCCAGUUGCAGUGCCAACAGCCAGACCGAACCCUGUCGUUUGAUCACCGAACAUUAAGCGAUCAUUCACCCGCCACAUUUGUUCAAAUGAAUCCGGAAUGGCUGCACAUGUUCGGGCCACCGCCGACCGCUUUGCCCGAUCAGCAGAGGAAGGAAUUUGAAUCCGCUGAAAUUUUGCAGCCGGAAGCGGAAUACCGGCCACAGCGCGUCAAUAGUAGCGUAUUACCUUGCAAUGCCGAGUUGCAGCGUUUGCUCAGUCGUAGGACGGCCCAGGAGCAUGUCAGCGCCUUGGCUCGCCGCAUGGUGGCAUCCGGCGUGGAAGCUCGAGCCUUUUGUGUCAGGGCCCCCAAUUGGGUCCCUAAAGGCGUCCUCAUUGCCCAUCUUCACGAACACAAAGCCGCCGUUACCAGGCUAGUGGCUAUUCGGAACACGUCCUACUUUGCUAGCGGCUCAAUGGAUGGGUCCGUCAAAAUUUGGGAUUGCAUCAAGUUCGAAGGCAGAAAUGUAGCUAAUCGUUCGAGGCAAACGUGCACUAGAAUGGGAAGCGGAAUCACGUCAUUGACAACGAUCCAAUCGGGCGCUUCUUUAGCAAGUGCCUCGAGCAACGGAAUGAUCCACGUUAUGCGAAUUGAAACUGGCUCUUGUAGUACUCGAAGUACUUUGACUCAUCACAAACAAUUGGACCUUAAUCAGGAAGGAUCGGUUGUCGAUCUUCAAUCCCUGGAUUAUGGCAAUCAGUCAGUUUUAGUUUAUGCUACUCUUAUGGGUUCAAUUGUCGGCUGGGAUUUACGAAGUCCCGCUGUAGCUUGGAAAUUGGAACACAAUUUAAGACACGGAGUCAUAACAUCGAUGUGCAUCGAUCCUAGUCAGAGCUGGCUAGCAAUUGGGACCGACAAUGGUGUUCACAUCUGCUGGGAUUUGCGAUUCCGGCUCCCAGUUGCUUCGGUGAAUCACCCUGGAGGUGCUCGAGUAUUACGCCUUCUGUGUCACCCAACGCAGCCCUCGUGUCUAAUUUCAGCGGUUAAUCACAACAACGAAAUAUCGAUUUGGGACUGGGAAAACCAAAGUCGAACAUUGGCCUUAUGGGCCAGUCCUACUCCGCCACUUUCUUCCUAUCAGGGGUCGUGCCAUAAUUCCUACGGGGCUUUCAUCGGUUGUCGCAUUGGUGGCCACAACAAGCCAUUCAUUCUGUCAGGUGGAUCCGAUUUGAGGUUGCGCUACUGGGAUCUCUUUAAUCCUGAGCAGUCGGCGCUCAUAAGCGGAGGUGCAUACGACACGAUUAGAAAUCAGGACGUCUCUUACGAUUUGCGACUUGUGGAUGGCGUAGAAGUGAUCCAGGAAACUCAGAAGCCCACUUCUUCUCCGAUGGCGUCCCACGGGGUUUAUUGUGACGGUUUGGGUUCCAGUCCUGGUUUGGCAGGCAUUCACAACCUCACAAAUUUGAAAGCGUCGCCCCCGUUGGGUAUCACCAUGACAGAUUACAACCCUCCGUCUGGCCACGCGGAUGUCAUCAGUGACAUAACGAUGGUACAAGGCUCUCAGUCGUAUAUCGUUUCGGCUUCCAAAGACGGAGUGGUCAAGGUUUGGAAGUGAAGGGCAUAUUAUACUUUGGGUUGGCAAUUUAGAAGGUUUUGUCUUGUCGAAAAUAAUGUAAUCGAUUUACGGUUGUUGUAACGUCGUUUCUAGUUAAAAAAAAGAAAGCCCCUUGUUUCGUGUUGACGUAUAAAUGUAAUCAUUCCAUCUAGGCAUGAAAAAUAGUAUCAAUAAAGAAAAAAGCCCAUCGUGUA